AUCUAGUUAUAUGUUGUGAGGUAAAAUUAGGAAAUUGACCAAGUUCUUUGGAAACCUGGUUGCUUGGGAGUUGGGGAGCAGCAGGAUGGUGAGGGUUUGCUGUUGCCAAUGUUUGAUUUUAAUCUAGAGCUAUGGAAUCAUUGAGUGUCACUGAUGAGGUCACAACAUUCUGAAGGGUCCCUGGUGAUCAUUCGGAUCAUAACAGCCCCACAGAGGAGUGGAGUGAGCUCUGAGGGUUGCUGCCCAGAUCCAUCCUUUUGGCUUUGUCUCUUAGGUAUUUUGAGAUUUUGAGUCGCUAUAGUUGGGAACAAGACCACUCCCUCUACCAAAUUUCUUGAAGAACUAAGACUCCAUACACUAUUAAGAUCUGUGAGUUUUAGGGGCCUUCCCUUCCUCAGCAUCUGAAACCAUGAAGCGUAGAUAUGAAGAGGGGUCAUCAUAUGUCAAGAGUACUGAAAAAGGAUCACAAGAAGGAGAAGGGCAUAUGAGAGAAGAUUCUCCAAUUAGACCUGGCCCAAGUAUGGUGAUCAAAGCUGAGAACCAGCAAGAAAAUGAGAAUUCUUCUAUCUACUAUUCAUUUUCCUCUUCUUUCUCUUCUUCUGCCAUAACACCCAAAACUGAUUGUAAAGGGUGCAUCUACUAUAUCCAGGUGAAAACUAUAAAAGGAGUGGCCGUGGCAUGGGAGACUGAGACUGGAAUGGAGCCAAUCCAGAGGGCACCUCGAAUUUAUGAAUUAAACCCAUCUGAAGAGAACAGAUUAGAGUCUCCUUACCAAAACUUAUCUGGCAAAGCUCUGGCUGAUAUGGAGAAAAAUGUGGAUGAAAUGAAUGAAGACUAUAAAGAGGAGGAAGUACCAGGACCUUCAAGGAUUUCAGAUGAAAGACGACGGAGAAAGAUCCCUGAUUGGAUGGUCACAACAGACAAUGGCUACCGUUGUGUGGCCUGCUGCCGGGUAUUCCUCACUUUGGAGGACCUCAAAAGACAUGCUAAAUCUGGUCCCAAGGAGGGAUUUAGCUGCCAUGUUUUUAACAAAAAAAUCCAUGAAAGACGAAGAGUCCAGAAAAAUUUGCCUCUAGGCAAAGAUGAACAUUUAACUCAAAGCCCCAAAGAACAAAGUAAGCCACGUGAAGACCAGGGUAAAGGAAAAGGCCGACAUGGACGCACCUCCCGUGAAACUCAGAGUAUGGAGUUGCACCAUGACAAGGAUGCGGAAUGAGCUGGGGGGGGUGACUCGAUUAUGGGGACUCUGGUUCUUCUAUCAAAACACUCCUACCAGUCACCCCAUUUUAAUUCCCAAGUCAACAACUCUUUGAAACCCUCACAGGUCCAAUAGUCCACCAGCUAUAGCAUCUCCAGCUCUCAUUGGAAGGAGGUCAAAAGUCACAGGGAACAAGAAAGAGAACAACAAAUCCAGGAGCAGGGCCAAUAAGAAUGGACUCUACACCAUCAAGUCUCCUUAAGGAUAGGAUUGUCUCAUUUUUGUAUUGACUGAUUGAUCUCCAUAUUAGAAUGGAAAACAGAACAGAGAAAGUUCAUAGUCUUUAUUGUGAGGAAAUGGAGACAAGCUGUUUGAAGACAAGGACUGUCUCCCUUUUGUAAUUAUAUCACACCCAAGGCUUUGUACAAUGCCUAUCACAUGAUCAGUGGAAGCUCUCACUAUUUGGGAAUAGAAAUGAGACACCCUGGUUCAAGAGCAGAUUGCAGCUGGAGCAGAAGAAGUUCUUCAGGUAAACAAAAUGAAGACUUCUAUACAGAUGAAACUGAGUGGAAAGAAGAAAAAAAGAAAGAAAAGAGUUGGCAGGAGAGAAGAAUCUAUAAUUCUUAAGGAAAAUGUGAGACUGACACUCCCCUGCUCAAAAACCUUUAAUGGCUCCCCCCUGCCAACAGGGUAAAAGCUCCUUAAGGUCCUCUCUCUAUUCUGUGUCAUCACCCUACCUUUCUUGUCAUGUCGUCCUACUCCCCUCCAUAAGCCUUUCUCUCCAGAAAAAUUGUUCUUUUAGCUAUUCUGCCAACAGUCAUCACACAUUCCCACAUGUCUAAUAUCUAUGCCAUUGCUCCCACAUGGAUGGCUUCCCAUCUCCUAUGCACUGAUAAAAAAAAAUACUGCUUACCCUUUCAGAAACCUAAUGUAUAGUGAGGAGAUCUUGGAUUCAAAUUCUGAGUUUUCCACUUUCUCCUUGUAUGACUUUGGGCAAGUCACCUAAAACCUAACUCAAUUUCCCCAUCUGUAAAAUGAGAAAGUUAAACUAAAAUGAGGGCCUCUAAGGCCCUAGCUUAAAAUUUUUGAGUCUAUGUAAGGUCCAAUUUCAGUCUCAUCUUUAAAAAUUUUCCCUCUCUGCUCUCCUCUUCCCUCAACCUACUCCAAAGCCUGGGUUGAAGGAUCUUUUGAAAGUCCCAGCACUGUCACUUGUGAUCUUGACCCAAGUCAAGGUCUUCAUCUGAACUUAAGUUUCAUAAUAUAUAAAAAGGGAAAAAAAUAAUACAUAGACCACCAAACUUAGAGGGUUAUUGUUUUGCAAGAAAAAUAUAGAAUGAUCUAUUCACAUGAACUACUAAGAAUGAAUUAGUGUUCACUGAGAUUUGCAUGCAGAAGAAGAGAGGAAACACACUAUGCAGAGAGAGAGAAAUCAGCCUCUUGAGUCAUAGGGCUGAAAUUUACCAUUAGGGUCCAGUCAAAGAAGGCCAGGUUCUGGAAUAAGAAGCCUGGGGUUUAAAUUGUGCUUACAAAUUGUGUGGUUAUCCCUUCCACAUCACAACUUUGCCCACUGCAGUUUCAAUAUAUCGCAAAGUGGUAUAAGAAAUUAAAUGAGAAUUUUUGGGGAGUUUUACAGAAGCUGCAGAUAACAUGCAAAAGCCGGCAGAUGCCACAGAAAAAAUUUAAGAACUCAGAAAUGCACGAAACACACACAUACACACACAUAGUAUUGUGUAAAGCAAUGUAGUUUAUCUUUUAAUGCUAUAAUAAUUCAGACUUCUUCUCUGGUACAAAGGGAAGGCCAAAGAUUUUUCUGUGAAUUUUCCAAAUGUGGAAGGGAUUUCUGUGGUAAAAUGGGGAAUUAGCCUCCUUAAAAAUCUUUAAAAUAAACAACGUAUCUAUAAAAUAAACUGUUUCUUUCUCAAAGGACCAGACCAAAUUAUUCCUUCUGUUGCCUGAAUUGAGACAGCUCUUGAGGUUCCUUGCAUCUCUUUCAAUCCUCAAAUGUCGUGGCCUAUGUGGUGAUGCAUUUGGGAGCCAAGCUUAGGCCCUUGGCAUCCCUGAGGGAAGGCUGCUGAGCAGAAGGGCAGGACACAGCCAGGAGAAGGGUCUGAACCCAUAUGAAUCCUAGGAGGUGAACCUAUAGAGAAAGAGAAGUUGAUUUCUUGUCAAAGAGGAGGCGAGUGGAAGACACAAGAAGAAAAUGUUAAAGCCAGAAGUGAUAUGUAAUCCAAACUUUUCCUUACUCCAACUGAGAAGCCUUUUGUGCAAGGUCUCACAGCAAAUUAGUGACCAAGAUGGGACAGAACCUUGGUGCCCUGGGCCCUUCGGCCAUCUGAUGUGUCAUGGAAAGCCAGGGAGAAAAUGGCCUAUGGAGAACGCUGGCCCGAGGCCUGAUUUAAACCUCUGACUGGAGAGAUCACUCCCCUGAGUGAAAACAGGGCAGCUGUUUGAUCCUAUUAACACUUGUUCUAAUAUAUUUAUAGCAGCUGACCUGAGGGGAGGCAGCCGGUCACCCUGCAGGAGAAGAGGAGCAGGUCCGUCUCUUGUAGACCCUCUAGGGUGAACUGUGAGUUUGGGCUGAUGGUCACAGGUGGCAGGAUUCAGAGUUGGAAGGGACUUUAGGGCAUGUCUAAUCUGACAGCUGAAAUUGUAGGCCCAGACAGGUAAGUGACUUGGCCAGCGAAGUUUGUUGGGGCCGUUUACCGCAAGUUGGGUAUGGAGAGUCAGGAGGACCCAAGUUCAGAUUCGACCUCGACACUUAAUAGCUGUGUG